AUGCUGCAGAUCGGGGAGGACGUCGACUAUUUGCUCAUCCCCCGGGAGGUCAGGCUGGCCGGGGGCGUCUGGAGAGUCAUCUCUAAGCCUGCCACCAAGGAAGCAGAAUUUCGGGAGCGGCUGACCCAGUUCCUGGAAGAAGAGGGCCGCACCCUGGAGGACGUGGCCCGCAUCAUCGAGAAGAGCACCCCGCACCCGCCCCAGCCCCCCAGAAAGCCCAAGGAGCCCCGAGUGAGGAGGAGAGCCCAGCAGAUGGUGACUCCUACGCCCCGGCUGGUCGUGGGCACGUAUGACAGCAGCAACGCCAGCGACAGCGAGUUCAGCGACUUCGAGACCUCCAGAGACAAGAGCCGCCAGGACCCGCGGCGGGGCAAGAAGGUGCGCAAAAUGCCUGUCAGCUACCUGGGCAGCAAGUUCCUGGGAAGCGACGUGGAGAGCGAGGAUGAUGAGGAACUGGUCGAGGCAUUUCUCCGGCGACAGGAGAAGCAGCCCACCGCGCCGCCUGCCCGCCGCCGCGUCAACCUGCCAGUGCCCAUGUUUGAGGACAACCUGGGGCCUCAGCUGUCCAAGGCGGACAGGUGGCGGGAGUAUGUCAGCCAGGUGUCCUGGGGGAAGCUGAAGCGGAGGGUGAAGGGUUGGGCGCCGAGGGCGGGCCCCGGGGUGGGCGAGGCCCGGCUGGCCUCCACCCCAGUGGAGAGCGCAGGGGUAUCCUCUGGCACCAGCCCCGGGGAUCGCUUGGAAAACGCAGGAGAUGUCUGUGCCCCGCAGGCCUCCCCUAGGCGAUGGAGGCCCAAGAUCAACUGGGCCUCGUUUAGGCGCCGCAGGAAGGAGCAGACAGCGCCCACAGGUCAGGGGGCGGACAUCGAGGCUGAUCAGGGGGGAGAGGCUGCAGAUAAUCAGAGGGAAGAGGCCAUAGCUGACCUGCGGGAAGAGGCUGCAGGUAAUCAGAGAGCAGGGGCCCCAGCUGACCAGGGGGCAGAGGAUGCAGAUAACCAGAGAGAAGAGGCUGCAGAUAAUCAGAGGGCAGGGGCCCCAGCUGACCAUAGGCCACAGGGUGCAGAUAACCUGAGGGAAGAGGCCCUAGCUGACCAGGGGUCAGAGGCUACAGAUAAUCAAAGGGAAGAGGCCAUACAGGACCAGAGGGAAAGGGCCCCAGCUGUCCAGGGUGCAGAUAAUCAGAGGGCACAGGCCCGGGCUGGCCAAAGGGCAGAGGCUGCACAUAAUCAGAGGGCAGGGGCCCCAGGUAUCCAGGAAGCUGAAGCCUCAGCUGCCCAAGGGGCCACAGGAACAGCUUCAGGAGCCAGGGCCCGGAAACAGGUCAAGACAGUGAGGUUCCAGACCCCUGGACGCUUUUCGUGGUUUCGCAAGCACCGGAGAGCCUUCUGGCACACUCCCCGGUUGCCAACCCUGCCCAAGAGAGUUCCCAGGGCAGGCGAGGCCAGGAACCUCAGGGUGCUGAGGGCCGAGGCCAGAGCAGAAGCUGAGCAGGGAGAGCAAGAAGACCAGCUGUGAGGUGAGGGCUGGAGACAGCCCACGGGCCCUCCCUACAAGCCUGGGAGAGAAAGUUGCUCUUUCUGCCUCUGAACUUGAAAGUGGAGUUGGAGCGCUGCCCACAUCUCCACCUUACAAUCCUCUUUAUUCUCUUGUUAAAGUUUUGUCUCAUGUAUUGAUUUAUAAAAUUUUUUUUAGAGACAGGGUCU